AUGGCUUCUUGGAAUCGUACAGGUAAUGGUAACGGUAACGGUACGGUCACGGAAAUCGAUUGGGCGGCGAUUGUGCGACCCGAUCCUCCGUUCGUUCGGUGGAUUAAGGAGCAUCACGCUGCCGCGUUAACCUGCUGCGACGCCGACGAAAACGACAAAAGCGACGACGAUUACGACGACUUUGGCGACGAAUUUAGCGACGACUUCGGCGACGGCGACGACGAUGGUGAAAUCGACGCCGAAAGAUACGGCGAGUCGGACGACUCGUACGAUAUCGACGAGUACCACCUCGGAGGGCGGUUUGGAAGGCCGUAUGAGUCAACAGAACGAGACAGGGAAACGGAUCGAGACAGACAUACGGAUCGAGCGAGGGAAACAGAUGCAGAGGCCGAGGCAGAUCGCUUGGGGGAGUUGGAUCGCGUGGGGGAACCGGGUCGCGUGGUGCAACCCGGUGGUCUCGAGGUCCCGUGGUACGAGCUCCGGGGAUGCGACAAGGAAUGGGAGAUAAUGGAGGAGCUCGCGGCGCGCCCGAGGACCCAGCUGUGGAGCGAUGCGGAGAUGAUGGAGCUCGCAGCGGCUGUCGUUUUCUGCCGGCGCAGCGGGCAGGUGAUGCGGAGAAGCAACCUCGUUUACUGGCGGCAGGUGUGGCGCGCGAUCCGGCGCGCGAACCCCGAAUGGCGGCGCGUCCCGACGGCGAUGCAGAAGCAGUGGGCGCGCAUGAGAGCGCGCUACGACGCGGAGACGCGCGACCCGCGCCGGAUACGGUGGCGGAAGGGGCAGGCGGGGGUGCCGCGGCGGGCGGGGGUGCCACCGUCCCCCGCAAAGGGAAUACCCCCGGGCGCAGAGCAACAGGCGGGGGGCUCGGUUGAGCCGCGGCAGGGAGGGUGUACUAACGCGGAUGAGCAUGAGCAACCCAAUAACGAGGUGGGGGGAGACUGGACGGCAGCGGCAGGAGCAGCAGCAGCAGCAGCAGCAGCAGCAGCAGCAGCAGCAGCAGCAGCAGCAGCAGCAGCAGCAGCAGCAGCAGCAGCAGCAGCAGCAGCAGCAGCAGCAGCAGCAGCAGCAGCAGCAGCAGCAGCAGCAGCAGCAGCAGCAGCAGCAGCAGCAGCAGCAGCAGCAGCAGCAGCAGCAGCAGCAGCAGCAGCAACCCUCUAA